GAGGGAGUGAAUCUUCUGCCCUGUUCUCGAAGCUAGGCAGCUCUUUUUUCGGAGCCACCGGCUCACCCCAAAAAGUUGUAACCAACAUCCGUGGAUUCCUGUCGAAUCGGCUAACUGGAGUUUCCAUCCCUGAUACAGGUUGCCAUCUUGGACGCGACUGAAGGCGCACGUGCUAGAAGCGAGACAGACGGGCUGACAGGCAGACACUUACAGAGAGAGAGAAAGACAGACAAACACACUAUUGUCAGGAUAGUGCGGUUCGAUCAUUGCUGCAAAAAACCCAAGCCCAAAAGUGAAGGGAUAACAGCCUGUCGGUAGCUUAACCCCACAUGGUCGCCGCUUCAUCAUCCGCAUCGAAGCUGUCAUCAUCAUCCGCGCCAGCAACAACUCCAACAGCAACCGUGACAACAACGGGCCCAGCUCUAAAGAUGCUGCGUUUAGAAAGGUACAUCGACUUGACACGAAAAAGCGCUGUCGGCUUUACUGGUUAGAGGUCAGACCCGAUCAAGGUCCUUCGCGCGCGCUAGGAAAAGAUCCCAAUUCGCCGAUUGUGUGCGACUGCUGGUACUAGACUGUAAGCUAUCGUGUAAAAAACUAGAGCGUCACCCCAGCAGCAACCAUGGCACCACUACCGGUCAUAAAUCUCGAACCGAGCGAGUUGAAGGAAAUCUUCUGGACGAAAGUGAAAGAACCCACGUCGCAGCGGAUGCUGAUUCUCGUGAUCGUCUCCAUUGCGCUGCUGCUCGAUAAUAUGCUGUAUAUGGUGAUCGUACCCAUCAUUCCCGAUUACUUGCGAUACAUAGGAACGUGGGGUCCAGAAGAAGUGUACAAUGCGAGUGCCCCAACGACGGUUUUUACACCGCACACGCACUCCCAUCAUGGCCAAGAUUCGGCGACCGGAGUACUGUUCGCCUCGAAAGCUAUCGUUCAAUUAAUGGUGAAUCCGUUCUCUGGAGCAUUGAUCGAUCGAAUCGGUUACGAUAUUCCGAUGAUGAUCGGGUUGAUCAUCAUGUUCUUCUCAACAAUGGUAUUCGCGUGCGGGGGUAGCUAUAGUACACUGUUCUUCGCAAGAUCGCUGCAAGGUGUUGGAUCUGCUUUUGCGGAUACAGCCGGUUUGGCUAUGAUAGCAGAUCGAUUCACAGAGGAAGCAGAACGAUCCAAGGCUCUCGGAAUCGCUUUGGCGUUCAUCAGCUUCGGUUGUCUGGUUGCUCCUCCGUUCGGGGGUGCGCUGUAUCAAUUCGCCGGUAAGGAGAUGCCCUUCGUGAUUCUCGCACUAAUAUCGCUAUUGGAUGGUUUUAUGUUACUGCUGGUGAUGAAACCGAUUAAAGAAACACUUGCCGAUAGACAUGAAGUUAAACAGGAAACUGUGCCGAUUUGGCGACUACUGCUCGAUCCGUAUAUCGCUGUCUGCGCUGGAGCACUUACGAUGUCGAACGUAGCGCUGGCGUUCCUCGAACCGACAAUUUCUCUCUGGAUGGAAGAUAAUCUAACGACUGACAACUGGAAAAUCGGCAUGGUGUGGCUUCCGGCAUUCUUUCCUCAUGUUUUUGGUGUGGUCAUUACAGUAAAGAUGGCACGGUUAUAUCCCGAAAAGCAAUGGCUAAUGGCAGCCUGCGGACUCGCAUUGGAAGGUCUUUGCUGUUUCAUAAUCCCUUUCAGCAGCUCCUACAUCGUACUAAUGGUUCCGAUCUGUGGAAUUUGCUUCGGAAUCGCCCUCAUCGAUACAGCACUGCUUCCAACGCUCGGCUACCUGGUAGACGUACGGUACGUUUCUGUCUACGGUAGUAUAUAUGCAAUUGCGGACAUUUCCUACUCGAUAGCGUACGCCGUAGGGCCAAUCAUUGCCGGAGGGGUUGUCGAAGCGAUUGGAUUUACCGCCCUCAACUUCGGUAUCGCCUUCUCCAAUCUGCUGUACGCACCGGUUCUGAUGUAUCUGCGUAAUAUUUACGACUUCAAACACUUUGAAAACGAAGCAAAUAUUCUGAUGGGUGAUCCUCCGACCAAAGAGUAUCAAACAUAUACAAUGCACGAUCAGCAAGCAGUCGGAAUGGAACAGAAAAACCACCUGGAAUACGGCAGCGGUUACCAGCAACAACAGCAAGAAACUAACAUCGAUCAGGGUGGAUACUCGCAGAAUGGAAGCUAUGACCAGUACCAAAGUCAGGGUGGAUAUCAAAAUUAUCAACCCGGUUAUCAGGAACAGGGCGGUGUCUACCAGCAGCAGCAACAUCAGCAACAACAACAACCGCCAAGACAUCUUCCACAGCAACCGGUGGCCAAUCCGUUCCGACAGCAGGAACAACAACAACAACAGCCACCAGCUCCAACUCAACCACGGAUCUCGAAUCCUUUUAGGCAAGGUUUUUAAAUUGUUCAUGUUUCAACGAUUAUUGUUUUCAUGUGUUUCUAUAGUAAAGAAUGUGGAACAAAGUAAGAGAAUGUGAGAGUGAGAGCAAUAGUGUAGGCAGAAAGUUCAAAACUGGGAUGACGGUGUGUGUUGACAGUUAUCGGGUUAGAAAAUAUGUGCAUAAACCACUUGUUGAGUGUAGUCUAGUCGCUAGGUGUUGAGAAUCCAAUUCUGUACAAGCUUCUGCUGCAGCAUAACUGUAACGUUCGUGGGCGGAUACUAGGUAAGGCGUAUAUAAGAGGUAUAGACGAAACUAUUUUAGGCUAUGUUAGGAAGGAUUUUAGCGUAUAAGAACGCGGUAAGAAGCUACACUAGAUGAACGCUCGGCCGGACCUGCAUCAAUAUCGUAGACAUAUCAAAAUGCACGUUCAAACACUCCCCUCGCGAGUGACAGGGAUGACAAGUCAGAAUUUUCUGGAACGUGUACUUUCAGUUUUUGAACAACUUUGUUUGAUGGCGUUCCGCGGAUGGAUCGUAGCAGGCUGGUUUGCCAGCCGCUGCGCUAUCAACCGUUCGGAGCGUUAUCCACUUAGCGUAACAUAAGACACAACCAAGGUAACGAUACAUAUCAGAGCUUAUGCUCGCCUGAUCUUACCAAAGUGAUAUUAUAUGAAAAUUACUACUUUUAGACCAUAGGAACACUCUAAACAUAUAAAUAUAUACUAAGCGACUGGUCCGCACUGGCCGUGCUCUAUUUAUCGGAGACGGUCAACCAGGGGCUGACCAAUAUCAUCUACAUCAGUUUUACGUAGCACGUAAGCAUAGGUUCAGUAACGAAUAUCGCAGGAAACGAGGCAAAUUAAUUAGCAUGUAAAUUUCGUUGACACUGUACAACUCGAAACUUUGUGUAAAUUAUUCCUUCUUCGGUUCAACAACAAGUGUGAAACAAAGGAAAACGAUCUCUAAUGAUAUCAAUUAAAAUAGUUAAAAGCAAGUGAAGGAUGUGCUUGUAACUCCAACAGGCACAUGUUUUCGAACAUUAUUAUACAGAAGUAUUGUCAUAUUCACAUUAUACAUAUAUACAUAGCUAAACAGAAGAUGUAUUUAUUAAGACACAGAUGCCGCAUUCUACAAAAGUAUCGCAGUCAUAUCAAUUCUACACCGAACAGGAAAAAAAACAAAUUAUGAAAAUGACCUUAAAAUGAUAAGUUGAAGACUGGUAAAAUUUAUGUUGCUCGAGCGUAGAGGAGCAGAAGAGUAGUUGGCUUCGGCAGUAAAAGAACAGCUUAUGUUAAUAUGAAAAAAAUACCUGUAUCAAAGCUUUGUGUCCAUACAUUUGAUUUCUGUAAAUAUGUAGCAGCACGAGCUCAAAUAGUCCGUGCCCCCCUUUGAAGGGACUUCAAUUGUAAAUUGCACAAUAUGUGCGAUGCAUUCGCUGUACCCGUUCCGAAACUCGAUGUAGUCGAAACAAUUACCGAUCCGCUGGAAUCAAAAGCCAGAAAGUGUGAUCUUUGCAAUGUAGCUGUAUGUAAUAAUGUUUUUCGCAACUUAAAUCGUAGUGCCAUUAGGAUAGGGAUAUCGAAAUUUUGUUCCUUCAAAAUACCUUUUGUUAACUUGAAUUAUUAGCGAUGUUGCAUAAAGUGGUAGUUGUAAAAACGGGUUUACCCCAUUAGGCAUACGGUGGUUUGGUAUACGUACGUUGGGCAUAAUGGACAUUAGGUAUAAAAAUGUUAGGCCUAAUGGACACGAGGCAUAAUAAACAUUAGGCAUAAUUGACAUAAGGCAUAAUGGACGGUUGGCAUAAUGAACGUUAUGCAUAAAUGCAUUUUUGUGGUGAUGGCCUUGGGCGAGAAGAACAUGAAUGUUUGAACUUUUUUUGGAUGUUGAAAAAUUAUACGGGAAAUUGAUCAAACUCGAUGACCAUUUUAUUCUGCUAUAUAUACUUUUGAAAUUUUGCUCAAAUAAAAGAAUCAAACCGAAUACUUGGUAUGCAAAAUCUCAGCUUGGGUUAAUUUCUCGACGUACACCCGAUAAAUUGUACAUGACUAAAAUAAUUUCACCAGUCUUGCUAAAAAUAAAACCUAUUUGUAUUAUGGUAUGAAUAACGCACAUUAACUCAGAUAAGUUCUUUCACACAUGCAUUGUGCAAUCGUCGAAACAAUAUGCCUUGAAGAACAGCUCAUGAAACAACGAAUGAUUCAUUUGAUUAUUAAUUAAACAAAUAUACGAAUAUUACUGCUUCUAUAAUAAUUUUCUCCCAUAUUAAACAGUUAAAUGAUUAUAUACUUAAGGCCAUCAAAGAUAGAACUACGGAAACUGUCUUAUACGAAGAAGAUUUUCUUCGUGUACUGUGACGAGUUACCGGAACCAAAAAAAUAUCGUUACAAAUGUAACAUUCGUACACACUCAAUUCGGUUCGGCAACUUCCCAACUGUCGUGUAGUCAGCAAAUUUAGAAACUGAUAUCUCAGUAAAGUGAGAUUUUUUUGUUGACUUUUUGUGAAAUAUUUUCCGAAUCUCAGCUAAGAAACGUCACUGAGAUCUCAGCAAAAAAAUUGUUUACUGAAAUCUCAGCUGUUGAGAUUUCGGCAAAAGAUGCGAAAAAGAUGAGAUUCGCCAGAAAAAAUAAGUGUGUAACCUAGUGCUGAUACUGUACAUAAUACUGCAAUGUGGUGAUUUGCGGCAAAACUACAAUUAGUCAUGCGACACCUAUGAUUCAGCUCAUGAACUGGCAAAGUGAUACAGUUUGUAUUUUUUCACUCGUAAGUGAGUCGUAGCUUCCAACAAAAACUUCAUUUUCUUCUAUGAAGAAUUUUUUUUUUAUUAGGGUAAAAGGACCCACCGGGGCAAAAUGCCCCUCUUCAAUUCCCAAGACUCCUGAAUCAUCUAAAAAGUAAAAAUGACUGAUAACAGUAUCGUUUCAUGAAAUCGACGUACUAAGUUAGUUUGGCAUUUUUAAUAUGUUGCAAAACAACAAUAUACACAAAAUUUUCAAAAGAGCUACUUUGAUGUAAGCUCCCACUUUUUCCAAUAGCAUUGCAACCAAUUAGAAACAGUCGGAUUUGAUAGAACAAUUUCAAGUAAGUGUUGUGGGGCAUAAGGGAAAGAGGGUAACAGUGGAACUAUGAAAACGUAUUGUUUUCAUAGUUCCACUGUUACCCUCUUUCCCCUACUCACCGAUUGCUGUGGGGCAUACCAUCCUCUUGUUGUGGGACAUAUUACACUUUAACCGGGGCAUUUUGCCUUGGGCGAAAGAAAAAAACUAGAAUUUAGGCAUCUUUGAAAAAUGUUCAAUAAUACUUUUAUCAGGAUGUUUUUAAUAAAAAAUGAAACGGGUGAACAAUAGGUUCCAAAACAUAGUGUUUGUUCGUUAUUUUGCUUUAUUUUUGGAUACAUUUGGAUUAGUAAUACAUCUAAUAGGCUUGAAAUGUGCAUAAACAAAAACUGUUAACUUAAAUGAAAAAAACAUCCAGUAUAUCCACGGCAAAAUCGAAAAGAAAUUCUACAUAUGUGAGGGAUUAAUAUAUCGCAUUAUAUUUUCCAUUUUGCUGUCUCUUGUUAAAGUGGUAGUAAGGUAUGGUACAGCAAACAUUUCAGGCCGAAAAAAAACGAGUUUACCUUUAUAUUGUUGUGAAUUAUGCCAAUCUUCCAUUAUGCCUAAAGUAUAUUAUACCCACUAUCCAUUAUGCCGAA